AUGCUGUUCCUUACCCUCUGGCUUCUAACGACCUUAAUGAGAAGCACACGUGCAGAAUGUGGGCUCAGACCUUCUUACAAACCAUCCAUGCUGAAAGAGUCAAAGACCGUAGGGGGCAAGGGUGCUGUGUCCGGUGAGUUCCCCUGGCAAGUGAGCAUCCAGACCAAAGAGAAGCAUUUUUGCAGCGGGUCGAUUAUAAGCAGCUGGUGGAUUUUAUCCGCGGCACAUUGUUUCACAAAUGAACUUCCACCAGAUCUUUACGUGGCGUUUGGGGCAGUUGACUUGGAAAGCCACCAAGUAGAGAAGAAAAAGCUGGACAGGCUGAUUCUGCAUGAGCACUUCGAUAGCAUGAACAGGGACAACAACAUCGCCUUGAUCCUGCUCGACUCACCAAUAGAGUUCAGUGAACAGAAAAUGCCCAUCUGCUUGCCCUUCAUUCAUGACCUUCAGACGUGGAAGGGCUGCUGGGUUGCUGGUUGGGAAGCCAAGGUUGCAGGGGACAAGAUGAAAUUAACCAAGAGGCUAAGGAAAAUGGAGAUUAAGCUGAUCAGCAAGAAGCAGUGCUCCGAGUGGCUCCCGGAGCUAACAGAGAACAUGCUGUGCGCUGGCUCCGCGGAAGGAGGGAAGGAUGCCUGCCAGGAAGACGGUGGGGGACCUUUGGUUUGCACCUAUGGAGACGUCAUGAAGUGGUUUGCACUUGGCAUAGUCAGCUGGGGAGAAGGCUGCGAGGAAAAACAGCAUCCCGGAAUGUACACCUUCAUUUUCAACUACUUGGAGUGGAUCCAGGCAGAGACGGCCAGGGAAGGGAAACCUUUCAUCCCCGAAGGACUGGAUAACAUCACGAUUUCCAAGCGGCUUCGCUCCAGCGCUUGGAAGCAGCCUUCACCUCCUGCUUCUUCGCUUCUUUUGUUUCUCUAUUUUACUAUUUUGCUAGUGGUGAUUUUCAAAUCAUAA